AUGGACCAAAGUGUCGGGUCUAGGAAUUGGAAGCGCAGCCGGUUGCGCGCCCUGACGCGAAGAAUUACUCUUUUUGGAAAGGCAGCAGCAUAUGACAGUCUUCCUCGUACAUCAUCAAUUUGUGAGAAAGACGUUUUGUUAAUUUUGCACGGAAGGCUUCCCAUUUGUUUGAAAUGCUAUAAAGCAGGGCAUCUCCGAAAGGAAUGUCCUUUAGGGAAACAGCCAUAUUAUGCAAGUGCGGUCAAUUCGUCUCGUAUUAGUGUCAAUAAUCAUGCUAGUGUUGGUACUAGUGCUCUUGGUGGUGCUGAUGCUAGUGCUGGUGUCGGUAUUGGUGCUGGUUCAAGGAAAGGACGUUUGGGUUUUGUCCAAGCUUCAACCUUAAUUGCCAAAGCCUCUAGGCUUAGUCCUGCAGAUUCUCCUCCUCUUUCUUCUACUCAUGUUAGGGUGGAUGGAGAUGGCUUCUUUACCCUCAAAAAUAUCGCCAACAAGCUAACGUCAACGGAAUCCAAUUUAAUUCUUUUAAGUGUUGAGAACCAUUCUCCGCAAGAGACAAUUUCGACCAAGAAAUUUGCUUUUCAGCCGCCUACUCCCCCGAAUAAAAAAAUGUUAACACUCAAUCAGCUAAGUUGGUUUCUGCAGCGGCAGGAGCAAGUGGUGUUCUUUCAAAGUCAUCUAGGUAUGCAGGGAAAUUUAACAAGGGAAGCUAAUGAAAAUAUAGCUGAUGUAGAGCGCAUAAACGAGGAAUUGUCUAACGCUGGGGGUAUUACACCAGGUCAGUGUACUGAUGGUGAUAUAGCUGGAUCUAGUGAUGAAUCCUCUUUGGAGGGGGACAUUACAUGA